AUGUCUCGUGGUGGCAUGUAUACCAAAAUGGCUGCCGUCUUCCUCGGAUUUUCGAUCGGCGGCCCAGCAAUAAUGUACUAUGUCACUCCUUCUGAAGGCGAGCUCUUCAAGCGCUUCAAUCCUGAGCUGCAAAAACGCAACCUCGAACUACGUGGAGAGCGAGAGAAGAAUUACAAGGACUUUGCGCAAAAGAUGAUCGAGUACUCGAAGAGUGAUAAGCCGAUCUGGGAGGCGGAGGCCGAUGCCCGUCAGAAGCUGCGUGACGACAUCUUACAUAGAGAGAGGCAAGAACGUAUUGAAAAGGAUCAAAGAGCAAGAGAGAUGAAGGCUGACUUUGCUGCUGGGAGGUAG